AUGCAUCCACCGCGUGUCGUAUUCUACUCGCUCUUCCCUCUUUACGGCAUCACGUUCGCUGGCAUUACGAGCUAUGGCGCCAAUUUUGGCUUCAUUGGCGUCAGCAUUACCCUCUACCAACCUGAAUGCGCGUGGUCCUGUCUUUUCUGCAUCGCGCCGCCGCUCAACUGCACGACCGAAGACCUCGCCGUGAGUGUCCCCGAGAAGCGCGAUGCGCCCGACGAGUCGGCUCCCGCUCCCCAGUACCCAUCGGGCAAUGGGUGGAAUGUGACUUUGGAAUCCACACCUCAAUGCAAAGCAAACAACGACUUUUAUUUGCAGACAGUGGCAUACUGCCUCAAGUCGAGGUGUACUGAUUUGCCAUCCAUCCAACUGGAAGAGUUUUGGGACAGGGAUGUCCCGUUCUUGUUUGAGGGAAACAAAGGUGCGCUCCCAGUGCCUAGACAAAGCUACACGCAGGUCCUCGGCGCAAUCAAGGAGCCUCCAACGGAGCUCUUGAACAACACAGUCUUUCUCAACUACACCGCCGUGGUACCAGACGAUAUUUACAUACCAGAGUACAACACUCUCCGCUACUACGCGGCCAAUGAAGUCACUCACGAAAUAUACGGCCUGGCCAUCUUUCUCUCCGGCGUAGCUAUACCAAUCUCGGUUUCGCUGCUGCGCUUUCUGCCAUGGCCGACCUCGUGGGUCACAAAGUUUAAUGCCUACCUCAUCGAUCCGCCGCUUCUCGGACACAGUCAUUCGGCACCAAUAUGGGGUUUGGGCAUCAUGCCGACUCGCGGACAGGCCCUGUUCAUCGCCUACCUGUGGCUCAUCAACAUCCUUCUCAGCGCGUGUGGAUACGAAGUCUUUCUGCCCAGUCUCUUUUAUCCGGACAAGCAGUACCAGGUAGAGACCUGGGUGGCCAACCGCUUCGGUGUAUUGAGCUUUGCUCAGCUGCCGCUCGUUUUGCUUUAUGCCGGGCGGAACAACAUCUUGUUGUGGCUUACGAACUGGUCGCACUCGACGUUCCUUCUCCUGCACCGCUGGGCGGCGUUUCUCUGCAUGCUCCAGGCGGUGCUGCAUAGUAUUGUCUACCUGCACAUGGCGGUCGCGCACCUCGGUGGUCUCGACCACGCAGAGGAGAGUGUCGAGCCAUACUGGUACUGGGGCAUAAUAGGCACGCUGGCCAUGGCACUCAUGGUCGUGUUGUCAGUGCAACCUAUUCGGCAGAGAGUCUAUGAGGCCUUCCUUGCGAUUCACAUAGCGCUCGCGGUCAUGACUAUCGUCGGUUGCUACUAUCACAUCACUCCCAAAUAUGGCCAAGAUUACGGUUUCCAGACCUGGCUGUACAUCACCAUCGCCCUCUGGGUCUUUGAUCGCGCUGCGCGUCUGGCUCGCAGUAUUCGUGGCGGCAUCAAGCUCUGUGGCGAGUCUGGGAAAACCACCCCUUCUCUGUGGCGGGAGUUGUCCAGCCCAUCGGCCCUGGCUCUGUAUCGCCUUUAG